UGCCUUCCAGCCUACCCGGGAGCCUGCCUUCCAGCCCAGCAGAGAGCCUGUCUUCCAGCCCAGUGGGGAGCCUGCCUUCCAGCCCAGUGGGGAGCCUGCCUUCCAGCCUAGCCAGGAGCCUACCGACCACCAGCCCGCUGGGAGCCUGCGAUCCAGCCCAACUGGGAGCCCGCGGUCCAGCCCAGGUGGGAGCCUGCCUCCAGCCCAUCGGGGAGCCUGCCUUCCAGCCUACCCGGGAGCCUGCCUUCCAGCCUACCCGGGAGCCUGCCUCCAGCCCGGUGAGAAGCCUUCCUCCAGCCUAGCGGGAAGCCCACCGUCCAGUCCAGCAGGAGGGAGCUCAAGCGUCCAGCCUGCCAGCCAGGCUGACCUGCCAGCCAGGAAGAGUAACGGCCAACAAUCAAUGCGCUACUUAAUUAUGUGUUUA